AUGUUAAAGAAAUCGAAUGAAAAUAUUUCUAGUAAUGAACAAAUAUUCGAGAAUGAAAAAGAAAAACUGAUUACAAAUUCACAUAAAAAUCGUUCAUUUAUUAAUAAUAUUCUUAAAAGUAAUGAUGAACAUGCAAUAAAAAAAUUAUUUGAAGAAUAUUUUUAUCUUCAUGCUAAAAAUAAUAAUCAUGAUCGAAUAACAUGGGAUGAACUUCGUUUUAUUAUUAAUGAAAUUUUACAACGAAAUAAUGAUGAAUUGAUAUUGAGUGAAGCAUCAAAACUAUUCUAUCAAAUGUAUCAAUUACAAUAUAAUAGUACAGUAUCAUCGAAAAAUGAAAUGAAACAACUAUCUCCAAAAAGAAUCAAAAGUGAACAAGAAUUAUUAAAAUCAAAGAACGAAAAUAAGAAAUGA